UAUAUCCAGGCAAUAACUCUCGUUGACCUUAAACAAAUUUUGAUCAACAUUUUUGGCCAUUUUUUGAACUAGUUAUUCUUAUUUCUGUUAUACAAAUUAAAUUUUAAUUAAAUUUUCCAAAAUGAUCCCCAUUGACCCGCACAACGAGAUGGCCUAUUCUUUCGUGGUCUUCGGGGCCUCGGGGGGUUUGGCCAAGCAGAAGGUGUUCCCAGCCCUCUGGGCCCUCUAUCGGGAAAAUCGGCUGCCGCAGGGCACCAAGAUUUUCACCUUCUGCCGGAGUCCGCUCCAGACGAAGGCCUAUCGGCUGCAGGUGCUGCCCUACAUGGAUCUCGACAAGAACCGGGACCCGAAGAAGUACAACCUUUUCUGGACGAACGUGCACUGUCUGCAGGGCGAGUACGACAAGCCGGAGCACUAUGCAGCCCUCACGGAGGCGAUGGUCCGCCAGGAGGCGAAGCACAACCAGGUGCGAGCGAACAGGAUCUUCUACCUGGCCCUGCCGCCGGUCGUCUUCGACCAGGUGACGCUCAAUGCCAGCCGAAAGUGCAGCUCGCCCACCGGCUGGACCAGGAUCAUUGUGGAAAAGCCCUUCGCCAGGGACGACGUCUCUUACCGGGUCUUCCAGGCGUCCCUUUGCAAUAGCUUCCGGGAGUCGCAGAUCUACCUGAUGGACCACCUCCUCAGCCGUCAGGUGAUGCAGAACUUCUUCGCCCUGCGCUACUCGAACCACCUGUGGGGCGAGACCCUGAACAACCGCCACGUGGCGGCGGUGAUGAUAUCAGUGAAGUGCGAUCUCCCGGUGCCGGCCAGCAGGGCAGACUACUUUAAUCACAUGGGCAUCAUACGCGACUUGAUGACCAACUACAUGAUCCAGGUGAUGGCCAUGCUGGCCAUGGAUAAGCCGUAUGCGAACACGGCCGACGACCUGAGGGUCGAGCGGCUGAAGGUGCUUCGCCAGGUGCUGACCCCCAACAUGGGCGACGUGGUGCUGGCCCAGUACCGCAACAACCGGCGGGAGGAGGACCCGGCCAAGUGCGGCUACACGGAGCACAGCUACAUCCCCAAGGACUCGUUCACGCCCACCUUCGCCCUUCUGGUGCUCCACAUCAACAACCGCCGUUGGUCCGGUGUGCCCUUCAUCCUGCGGGCCGGGAAGGCCCUGAACGACAGCAAGUCGGAGGUGCGCAUCCAGUACAAGCCGGUGGACUGCGACUCCUUCCACAGCGACAGUGCGGACGUGCGGAACGAGUUGGUCCUGCGGUCCUUUCCCACGGAGGAGGUCUUCAUGCGCAUGCGCCUGAAGCGGCACGGCGAGGACCUCUGCCUCCGGGAGAGCGAGAUCAACCUGCGGGUGGACGAUCGGGGGCCAAAGGGCAUCCAGGGCCUCCCCGGCUUCCUGCUGAACGUCUUCCAGGGCGACCAGACCCUCUUCAUGCGCACCGACGAGCAGUGCGAGAUCUGGCGGAUAUUCUCGCCGAUCCUCAACUCCAUCGAUUCGGAUCGACCCCGCCCGCUGCACUACGACUUUGGGUCCCGGGGACCCUUGCUGGCCUACCGCAAGGCGGAGCGCGCGGGCUUCGUCUUCUUCGCCUCGGUCGAGUGGCACCAGAGCGAGGAGACCCUGGAGUACACGGUCAAGCGGAGCAAGCAGCUCAUCGGGCCCUACACCGCCCUCAAGCCGGUCAGGGAGCCCCGCUCCAAGAGGACCUCAAAGCUGAGCUCCUAGUCCUGAGCUGGAGGGCUAAUAAAAUCAGCAACGAAAGUUUUUUAAUUAAACAAGUGCAGCCUGCUGGGCUGCACCAGCUGGCCACCUCUGCACCUUGACCGCUCCACUGGCUCAGUCCAACCCAUCAGCACAUUCCGUCCCGUUCGGUGCUGUUCUGUGCUGUGCUGCAGUUGUUGCCAAUUUUGCUGGUGAGGAUGUUGCCCUGGGAGGAUACACACAACACGCAUGCCUGGGCAAUUGUCCGUUGGUCAGCCAGAAAUUUUUUAAUGUCUAA